AUGCUCGUCGGCCACUUUAUGACCAAAGCCUCCGAUGUUGUGACCUGCUCGGAAUGGGAUCCUGUAUUGAACGUUAUUGAUGCCGUGCUGGAUCACAACAUUUCUGCCGUCGUUGUCAACGACAAGACUCACAAACCAGUAGGCAUCAUCACGAAAACAGACCUUGUUCGGGCCUAUAAGAACGGCGUGAAUUUACACCAAAAAGUUGGUGUCAUCAUGGCGACCAACUUACGUACAAUACUUGACACGUGUUCCCGAGACGACGCGGCCAAGUUUCUGGAAAAAAAUCGCUUACACCACGCCAUCAUCGUGGACAAGGAGGGAAACUUUGCCGGAAUUGUGAGUGUUUGGGACGUGGCCUCCGAAAUGGCCAAAGACAGUCGCGCUUGGCCUUGGAACCGUACGGUGGACGGCCGAGUGGCACCCAUGAUGGCGGGUGUGCAUUAGGAUCCCCAUACGUGCAAACAAAGAUGUGUGCUACUGGUAUGGGACUGUGUACCACGUUUUUUCCAAUUCAUGAAUUGCCAGUUGAGACGCUUUAUUGCUCUAUUACACUGGUGCCAUCCUAUUAAGCUCAAGCCUUCAGCAAUUACUUACAAAGUUACGCUGCCUAGAAAAAAUCACUUUACAUUAAUUAGUUACCUUUGUUGACCCCUUC